CGCCUGCCAUUUACCUUCGACUUCAGCUCGAUCUUCCAAGCUUCGCUCCGCGCAGCAUAUACUCUUCGAUUUCAACAAUGGAGCAACAACCUCUUCUUGCAUCAGGAGAAGAGGCUGGGAAGGGGGAGGAGUCAUGGAGGUCGUACCAGUUCGUAGGGAGGAGCCCCUCCCUGCACGCCCCUCCCACGUCCGUCGCCGCCGGAGAGGAGUUGAGCGUGGACGAGAUUCGUGCCGCCUCCGUCUUCUCUUCCGAUCAUUAUUACCCGCCUUCAAUCCACGGCGCCCUCGUGGGAUCGCCCGAACCUGAUCAUCCCCAAGUUAUCACAGCUCAAGCUCUUGUACCCCAGGGAGGGUACGAUGGGUACUCUGGUGGCUACAGCUCAAAAGAAUUUGGCAGGCAAAUUCUUGAUGAAGUGGAAGUGCGACAAUUGCUUAUUGAUCAUGUUGGGCAUCGCUGUUGUUGGGGAAGCCAACCUGCCAGAAAGUGGAAAAUAUGCUCUAUUGAUGACUGUAAUGUAUAUGUUGGUACGCUAGAAACUUUUAUAGAGGAGAGAGAGACUAUUAAAGAAAAAGAGCCAUACUUGGGAGGCAAAAUUGAUGGAAAAGAGAAAGAACACAAAAGUGGGGUUUGGGAACUGGAUUUGAGGUCUGAAUUUCCAAUUCUUUUUGUGCCACAUAAAGAAACCAGAGUUGAUAUACCCCAUUCUGAAGCUGUUGAGAAAUGCUCUGAGUGCGAUGGUCGAGGACACAUUGCCUGCCCUAUUUGCAAUGCUGGUCAAAAAAGUGAUCUUUACAUAGAAAAUCAGAUGACUGAAUGCCCUUCUUGUUAUGGAAGGGGACUAAUUGCUCAUCAAGAUGGAUCUGAUACAAUAUGUACAAAAUGCUCUGGUAAGGGAAAAUUACCAUGUGCAACAUGUGGUUCACGUGGGCUUGUAAAAUGCCAAUUAUGUGUAGGACAAGGUUCUCUCAUCACACGCAACAUUGCACUAGUCAAAUGGAGAACACUCUCCAAUCGGAAAGUUAGUGCCACCAGCUCUGCUGCAUCAGUGCCAGAUGAGGUGUUCCAUAGAGCAAGGGGGGUUCAGCUGUGCAAUAUCCAGGCAUACCAAUGCACUCCUGCCUUCUUUGCCGACUCCUAUCAGUUAAACAGGUUCUCCUCCGAAGUUAUUGCUAAUCGGUCGCCUGUUCCUCCCUCGGCAAGGGUUAUCUGUGAGAGGCACAUUAUCUCCGUCGUACCCGUCACUCGUGUUACAAUGGCUGAGCGCAAUCGGUCCUUCAGCUUUUACAUAAUCGGGUACAGCAGGGAGGUUUUCAUAAGGGACUACCCGAAGAAGUUUUGCUGGGGACUGUGUUGUUGCUUUGACUGGCUUAAAGCUUAGAAUUCCUAAAGCAGAACAUGAUCUAAUGAGGAAUAUAAGUUGAGCAUAUAUGUAUUUUAAGAAAUACUAAGUCUGUUUGUAUUAUCCAUGCUUUUCUAGUAUAAUAAUUAUCUUUUUGGCAA